UUCGGCCGCUUCUCCCACCCCCGCGGGCGCCGGCCGCGGAGGCAGGAGCUGGGCCCCGCGCUCGUCGCGGAGCCGGCGGCGGAGGAGGAAGCGGGCGGAGGGGCAUGGAGGUCGCCUGGGCGCAGGCGUCCGCGCCCGACCCUGUCUAGGGCGCCCCGUGGGCCUCAUUCCUCCUCCUCGGAGCGAGCCCGCGGGCGGGCCCGGGCGCGCCGCGGGGCGGGGCCGGGACUUCUGCAUCAGAGGAGGAGCCGGCCCAGGAAGAAAAUGAAAAUCUUUUCUGAGUCUCAUAAAACUGUUUUCGUUGUGGAUCACUGCCCAUAUAUGGCAGAGUCCUGCAGGCAACAUGUGGAAUUCGAUAUGUUAGUAAAGAAUCGCACCCAAGGAAUUAUACCUAUAGCACCCAUAUCAAAAUCACUAUGGACCUGUUCGGUGGAAUCAUCCAUGGAGUACUGUAGAAUAAUGUAUGAUAUUUUCCCUUUCAAGAAACUGGUGAAUUUCAUUGUGAGUGAUUCUGGGGCUCAUGUCUUGAAUUCUUGGACUCAAGAAGAUCAGAACUUGCAGGAGUUGAUGGCAGCAUUAGCAGCUGUUGGGCCACCUAAUCCUCGGGCAGAUCCAGAGUGCUGCAGCAUACUUCAUGGUCUGGUUGCAGCAGUUGAAGCACUCUGCAAGAUAACAGAAUACCAGCAUGAGGCUCGAACCAUGCUCAUGGAAAAUGCAGAACGUGUGGGAAACAGAGGAAGAAUAAUCUGUAUUACUAAUGCAAAAAGUGACAGUCAUGUUCGGAUGCUUGAGGACUGUGUUCAGGAAACCAUUCAUGAGCAUAACAAGCUUGCAGCUAAUUCAGAUCAUCUAAUGCAGAUUCAGAAGUGUGAAUUGGUCUUAAUCCACACGUACCCAGUUGGUGAAGACAGCCUUGUUUCAGAUCGUCCUAAAAAAGAGCUUUCACCUGUUUUAACCAGUGAAGUGCACAGUGUCCGUGCUGGUCGUCAUCUGGCUACGAAACUGAAUGUUUUAGUACAACAGCACUUCGAUUUGGCAUCAACCACAAUAACUAACAUUCCCAUGAAGGAAGAGCAACAUGCUAACACAUCAGCCAACUAUGAUGUGGAGCUUCUUCAUCACAAAGAAGCACAUGUGGACUUUUUAAAGAGUGGUGAUAAUCAUGUAGGUGGCAAUAGUAGAGAAGGCACAUUUAAAGAAACUGUAACAUUAAAAUGGUGUACUCCUCGGACAAAUAGUGUGGAACUACACUAUUGCACUGGAGCAUACAGAAUUUCACCAGUGGAUGUAAAUAGCAGACCUUCUUCAUGUCUUACAAACUUUCUUCUUAAUGGUCGUUCUGUUUUGUUAGAACAACCCCGGAAAUCUGGCUCUAAAGUAAUCAGUCACAUGCUCAGCAGCCAUGGAGGAGAAAUUUUUCUGCAUGUAUUAAGCAGCUCACGAUCAAUUCUAGAAGAUCCCCCAUCAAUUAGCGAAGGGUGUGGUGGGAGAGUCACUGACUACCGGAUUACAGAUUUUGGUGAAUUUAUGAGGGAAAACCGAUUAACUCCUUUUCUAGAGCCCAGAUAUAAGAUCGAUGGAAGUCUUGAAAUUCCAUUGGAACGUGCAAAAGAUCAGUUAGAGAAACAUACACGUUACUGGCCUAUGAUUAUUUCUCAGACUACCAUCUUCAACAUGCAAGCUGUAGUGCCAUUAGCCAGUGUGAUUGUAAAAGAAGCAAUGACUGAUGAGGAUGUUCUGAAUUGUCAAAAAACAAUAUACAAUUUGGUAGACAUGGAGAGGAAAAAUGAUCCGCUGCCAAUUUCAACAGUUGGUACCAGAGGAAAGGGUCCGAAAAGAGAUGAACAGUACCGGAUUAUGUGGAAUGAGUUGGAGACCCUUGUACGAGCACACAUAAACAACUCUGAUAAGCACCAGCGAGUCUUAGAAUGUUUGAUGGCUUGCAGAAGCAAGCCCCCGGAGGAAGAGGAGCGCAAAAAACGAGGUAGAAAGAGAGAAGACAAAGAAGACAAGUCAGAGAAGUUGGGCAAAGACUAUGAAUCAGAUAAGCCAUGGCAAGAAUCAGAAAGGUUAAAAGGUCUCUUGGAUCGUGAAAAAGAAGAACUAGCAGAAGCUGAAGUUAUCAAAGAUUCACCUGAUUCUCCUGAGCCACCCAACAAAAAGCCUCUUAUUACAAUGGAUGAAAUGCCCACAGUUGAAAAGGCAAAAGGGCCAAUGUCCUUGCUGUCUUUAUGGAGUAACAGGAUUAAUACUGCCAACUCUAGGAAACACCAGGAAUUUAUUGGUCGUUUGAACUCUGUCAACAAUAAAGCUGAGCUGUAUCAACAUCUGAAAGAAGAAAAUGGAAUGGAAACUACAGAAAAUGGAAAAACAGGCCGGCAGUGAUGAUCAGUUUUGUUUCUUUGAACAAGACUUGGCUGACUUGCAAAUAUAUUUAAUGCUGGAAUAGAUAUUGGUACCAUUUCAGUACAAUUGUAUAGCUGUGGUUUGGUUUUUACAUUUUUCUAUUCUUAUUUUUGCUAUGAAAUAUAAAAUCGGCAUAUCACGUUGAAUGAAUAGUGUGCAAA